UUGCGGCUUUGCAGCAAAUGCAAAGCAAAGAAAAAUACUAAAGCAAACAUAUCGAUCGUACGCAAGGAAUAAUAGAUCGACGAAGGCUUCUAGACGACAGUACGUUUUUACAAGGCUUCUGCUAGCUCUAGCCCAGAACAUCGAUCUAUCGAUCAUAUUGCAUCCAGUUUGAUCGUUUCAAUUUAUGCUCGCCCUCGCACCAACAAUGGCUUAGCUAAUCCCCAUGUACUCGAUCUCUGUCGGCAAACAUCGUGAUUAAGGGCUUGCUUCAACAUAUAUAUGUAUUCUCUGCUGUCGAUCCAUUUCUAAUUAAGGAGCGUUUAAUCAACUGAAAGAAGAUCGAUUGAGAUUAUAUGAUCGAUGAAGCUGCCCGCAAUUCAACACUAAUUGAAGAGAGCCGGGCUACGCAGAUCAACUCAACAUGCCACCAGCGAAGGAGUGGACCAGGAUCAUAGCAGGCAGCAUCGAUGAAGCAGCAGGCAGGGUAAUUGAAUUGCUGGAGGAUACAAGCAAGGGGAAUGUGAUGUAUUUCCAUGGCUGGGGUGGACUGGGGGCUUCAGCCGUCCUUAGAGCAGUCGCCAAAAGACUGACGAUGAGGCCAUCGCCAUCGCCAGGAAGAAGAAGGUGGGAGAAGAUGAUCCACGUUGAUUGCUCGGUGUGGCAGAGCAAGAGGGCCCUGCAGAAGGCCAUCGCCCAGGAGCUGCAGCUUCCUCGGUCGCUGAUGGCCUUGUUCGACCAGCACGACGAGGAGGAUGAUUUCAGUGGGGUGGAUCAGGGCAUGAGAGGGGUGGUUCCACUUGUCACACAGACAAUCUUGAGCGACCUGGUAAACCACACAUUCCUGGUGAUCUUCCACAAUGGGAGCGGCAGCUACAUUGAUCUACAGGAGUGUGGUGUCCCUGUAAUAACAGGAAUCUUGAACAAAACGGUGUUGUGGACCUCCCGAAGCAGCUUUCGGAUUACCGACUUGGACAUGGAUAACGUAAGCAAGGAGGAUCGGGAUAAGCUUGCUGGGCUGAGUGAUGUCGCUAUAUAUGCUUAUCCAACCGCAGGCGAUGAAUAUAGUUUUGUAAUCUUAUUUGGAAUGCUUUUGCAUCAAGAGGCAGAGGAGGUUGCCAGGUACACCGGUGUCCCUCAAUCUGCUGGCAUGAGCACCGAGCUUGUCAAGAAGUGCAUCAUGUAUCAGUUGAUGCUAAGACAACAACAUGUGGACUACACCCAACACUGGGAUACCCACGCAGCUAACUAUUGGGUAUGCAGUGGAAUCAUACAAACCUCAGACACCACUAGUAGUACAAGUUGUCAUAGCUCAUCGCCAUGGGAGAUAGCCCAAGCUCUUUAUAAUAACUUGAUCUUGGAGUUUUUGACCAUAGACGAUUACAACAGCAACCCAACUUGUGCGAAAAGAAUACAGAGAGCCCUACGACUGCCUUCUGAUUUUGUGGGCGAGUCGUCCUUCUUCUGGACAUGUGAUGCUGCUGGCAAUAACAAUGUCGACGCAACUACAGCUUGUUGUAGACAGAAAUCACUGGAGGCCAAAAUGUUCCAACAUCCAUCUGCAAGCUGGCUACGUGUGAUACAUCUCUUUGAAUGUACCUUCAGUUUUGCAUCUCCACCCUUCCUCUCUUGCAGCAGCCUAAGAUUCCUCCUACUUGACCAUUGCAAAGACCAAAACAGCAGCAGGACGGACUCAACGCUGACGAUGACAACGGAUACCGGAGAUACUAGAGCUUGUUUUCGGAAGCUGUGGGUGCUGGACUUGAGUUUCACAGACUGGUAUUGGCUCUUAUCGGUUGAGGCCCUAGAUUUAAUGGUUGAGCUCAGGGAGUUGAAUGUGAAGGGAAUCAAGCAUUGGAGCAUAAGCCAUCUACUCCAUCGCCUUGAUGAUGAUGACGCUAGUAAUAGUACCCGAAGCAGCAGCCGCAAGCCUUGGCUGCUCAGCCUUGUCAAGCUCCAAGUCACAACCGAACCAAUAACUGAAGAUCAACAUCAGUCACAAGUAUGGAAGGAAGAUCAGGUAGCAGCAACAUUAUUCCCGAACCUAUCUAGCUGCAAAAUCGUAAAGACGAUCAUUCUUGAUGGUUGUUUUGAGUUGAAGCGAAUUGACCCUCACGUCCUGCCACCAUCACUCGAGUCAUUUAGCUUCUCCAGCAGCAGCAAUGACAAUGAUGUUCAUGUCUCAGCCAAGAUAGAGAGCAUCUCCUUUCGGGGAUGCACCCAGUUGAAGAGUUUGUUAUUGAGAGGACUAUUUCAAAGGCUCAAGCAGCUGGACGUGUCAGAAACUUGUAUUAAAACCCUCGACCUACAUGCAAUGCGAGGCAACGGGUCUCUCAAGGAGCUAUUUCUGCUUGGAUGCAAGGAGCUUCGUGCAAUACUAUGGCCAAAACAAGAUGUAUCAUUGGAGGUUCUGCACAUCGACACUAGUAGCACAGAACUUGAUCAUGCUACAGGUGUAGAAGAAUCAUCAUCAUUCUCACCUGUUGAAUUUAAAUGGUAUAUUUCAGUGAGGGACAGAAGGCUCCUUCGCUCGCUAAAUGAUACAAAAUAUCCCUUGGAUGCACCAUGCAUCGAGAUCUCAUCCCCUCCUGCUAGUGUUGCUACUGCUACUAACUGA